CUUGCAUCAGAGUCCAGGUGUGUGUGUGCUUCUGAAACACUCACACUUCCUUGCUAAUAAGGACUACUCAUUUCGAAGCGUCAUUGCAUCGGCGAAUUUUUAAGCGCGCUUUACGUAAAAAGUUUGUAAGGUUUGCUGAUGUAAGAAAUUUUAACGCGCUUACUUAUAAAUUUAUAAAACGUGAACAUACUAAUUGUUUAUUAUUAAUUACCCUAAUAAACCUUCAAGUUAUAGUCAAAUGGUAGUGACAAAAAUUAUAAUGACAGAAGACAGUGAUGGUAUUUUAGUGGAUACUUUAGACGAUUUACCAGUCAAGAGUUUUAUAAGGGGUUCAGACCCGAGAGUAGCCACAUGCCGGGGAAAACUUCAAAAUAAACGAUCCAUAUUGAACCAAGAAAUCAACAAAGAAUUGCGACUCCGUGCGGGAGCGGAAAAUUUGUUCAAAGCUACAAAAAAUAAGAAACUCAGGGAAACCGUGGCAUUAGAAUUGAGUUUUGUCAAUUCAAAUCUUCAGCUUCUAAAAGAAGAACUUGCUGAGCUAAAUUCUUGUGUCGAGUUAUAUCAAAAUGACAGUACUGAUCACAUAAUGCCCAUGAUCCCACUUGGACUCAAAGAAACAAAAGAAAUCAAUUUUCGAGAGCCAUUUAAAGACUUCAUAUUAGAACAUUAUAGUGAAGAUUCGUGUAGAUACGACGACGCAAUAACGGAAUUUAUAGACACACGACAGGCUAUGAGAAUUCCCUUGAGGGACAGUUCAGGGGUAGCAUUGUUAUUUAAAUAUUUCAAUCAACUUUAUUUUGUGGAAAGGAGAUUUUUUCCGCCUGACAGAUCCCUUGGAAUAUUUUUCGAAUGGUACGAUUCAUUAACAGGAGUGCCAUCAUGCCAAAGAACAGUAGCUUUCGAAAAAGCUUGCGUCUUAUUCAAUAUUGCCGCCAUAUACACCCAGAUAGGUACCAAACAAGACCGAAGAACGGCCAAAGGUUUAGAUUCAGCUGUAGACAGUUUUUUAAGGGCCGCGGGAACAUUUAGAUACAUUCAGGAAAACUAUACCAAUGGUCCUUCAAUGGAUCUAAGUCCAGAAAUGUUAGAAAUGCUCAUACAACUAAUGCUGGCGCAAGCUAGAGAAUGCCUUUUAGAAAAACUAGAGCUCCAAUCCAAAGACAAACGCACCAUUGAUAUUUGUUUGGAUUUGGCUCAAGAAGCGUCCUAUCUCGCUCAAUGUUUCAGUCAUGUCCACCAGACCAUUACCCAAAAAACAGUAAAAAAUUACGUACCCUACAGUUGGGUUUCCCUUCUCCAAUUAAAACACGUAUAUUUUACCGCCAUGGCUCACUAUCACGUAGCAUCCGGGUUACUUCAAAAAGAUGCAAAAGGUUUAUCUGACACCACUAAAGACACAUUACAUUUCUUGCACAUGGAAAGUACUUCUACCCAACUUAACAUUCGUUCACCAAAAGACGAAAAGGAAACGAAAACUUUAGGUAAAACUCAUCUUCGCCAGUCUCUUCUCCUGCACGAAGAAUGCCAAAGAAUUCAAAAAAUUUGCCGAGAAUUAAAAGGCAAACAAGCACUGAAUUUUGUCCUGAGAAAUUCACACAACAUGGUCCUCCAAAAGUACACAGAAAACGAAUACGAAAAUGAUUUUAGGGAUGUUUUAGAUCCACCAAAUAUUGUAGCAUCCACCAAGUUUCAAUUAUCUUUAACUAGUCCUGACUUUUCCAUGUACCGGGUACGUGACCUUUUCAGAGGUCUUGGGCCGAUUGCUAUAUUUUCAGCCAAAAAACAUUGGAGUGCGCCGCGUCAAGUGCAACUUCAGAAAGGAAAAGAGCACGACGAAUUCGGAUUCUCCAUACGGGGAAAUUGUCCAGUCAUAAUUUCACAUGUGGAUCCUAAUUCAUUGGCAGAGUUUGGAGGUGUCAAAGAGGGCGACUUCAUUGUGGCAAUAAAUGAUAAAGAUGUUAAGUGGGCUACCCACGAUGAGGUAGUGACAUUGAUCAAGCAAAAUGAAGAAUAUUUGUCAUUAAAGCUCGUUACACCCACGGACCGGAAUUAUUUGAAGCCUUAUAUCAAACCAAAUAAAGAAACAAUUUCAACGUACAGCGGCGGUAUGCAUUCUGCCGUUUCAAGCGUUAAGUCAAGUCCUUUACCACAUCACACCAAUCCCAAGAGACACUCGUGGAAUCCGUUCAGAAAGACCUUCACGUUUCGAGAGGAAAAAGACUUAUUUCGAGAUGUGAUUUUAAGAUAGUCGUAGCCGUCUACUACAAAAUUCCACCUAAUUGUUAUUACAUUUAUAAUAAAUAUCAGACAUCGUCCUACAGAACACUCACCGUUUCUGGUAAGCAUUCUGCUGAAACUCUCACUUGCCGGUUUGCAUCACUCAUCAGCACGCCAUAAGUAGGUGAGACAGAAUUCCAAUCAAUUUAAGCUGCUGCUGGUUAACAACGUUUAAUAAAUAACCGCAAACAGCGUGAGUAUAAGCUCCUUCUCUAAAGACUUGUUACUAAAUACAGUUUUUGUUCAGUGCUUAACAAGAUUGUUUCUAAAUAAACUACGCCACAGAUUUUAUUUGAUGUGCUUAAUUAAAAAAUUCCUUUUCAAAAACUAAUGAACACCAUUAGUGGCAUAUCUCAAUAGAUAACUUUUAUCAGGCUGUUCGUGGUUAUUAAUCCUUGAGUACAAAAUAAACGCGUUGCUAAUAUACGUAAUAUUACUUGAAUAGUCAGUCACAGAUUACGUUUUACAAAGGAUCUUAGAUCAAAAAUUUCAAUGGGCGCAAAGUUGUCAAAACUCAUCUUUUGGAGAUGUGGUCCCUUAAAGUUGCAUUCUUCCACAAAGAUUUCAAAGAUACAAUUAUAUUCCAUAUGUUUAGGCAAUUGAGUAUGUUCAAGUACCUAUAUAUGCAUAUAUUGAAGCAUUAUAUCUAUGUCUAGUGCAUAUUAUGGACAGUGCACCUAUUUCUAUUCCUCAUAAGUACAUUACGACGUUGAGGAAGAAUGCAGCUUUAAGGGAUCAUACAUCAAAGAGUUUGACAGAGGGUCAUUUUCCGUAAGGAUCUAGCGAGGUCCUUUACUGUUAACAAUUGUUUGAAGAUAAUAAUAGGCUGGUAAUUUACUUUGUCUAAUUUAAAUAAUUUUAUAAGAUUAAUAAUUUAUUUUAUAUAGUCUAGUUUAUGUACAGUCAAAGUUUAAGUUUAA